CACCACUUGGUCUCACCCGUUCCCCUCUUCAUCCCUUCACUGCAUCGACAUGGGCCGCAAGACACAGCUGCCGCCCUCGCGAGGCAUCAAGAAGAAGCAGGACACAGGUCCAGCAGCCUUCUUCAAGCAUCGCAAGCAGGCACAGCAGCAGCAAGCCGCCGCCGGCGUAUCCCCCACUUCGCAAGCUUCGUCGUCCAAUGGCGCUGCCAGCCCGAGCGCCAAGGGCAAGGCAAAGGAGACCAACGGCGGUAGUGCUCACAAUGACAUACUUCUCUCCAUGACCUCUUCCUCGGCGGACAUGCUCGAUGAUGACGGAGCCGACGCUUCCACCUCGUCACUGCCCUUCUCCCCCUACUCGCACCUCACCCACUCCAACAUCCACGGCACAAACAAAGACUCGUCCUUGCGAGCCUAUGCGCACCACUUGCGAUCUCUCGUGACUCAGUCCGAUGUACUGAUACAGGUCCUCGAUGCAAGAGACCCCAUGGGCUCCCGCUCCAGCCAUACCGAGAAUCUCCUCGCCAGCCACCCAGACAAGAAGCUCCUCCUCAUCCUCACAAAGAUAGACCUGGUGCCAAAGGAGGUGCUGCAAAAGUGGCUCGUGUACUUGCGACAGUCCUACCCUACUUUGGCAUUCAAGAGCACAUCGACCCUCUCCUCUUCUGGCAGAGCUUCCAGGAAAAUCCAGACGACGGCUGCCUCGUCCUCCUCUCUUGAAGCCUCCUCCUCUGCCACGCUGCUGCAGCUGCUGAAGAAUUACGCCCGCUCCCAGCCAAAAGGCAUGUCCCUCACAGUGGGCAUUUACGGUCCUCCCAACGUGGGCAAGAGCUCUCUCAUCAAUUCCCUGGUCAAGAGCAGAGCAUGCUCCGUAGCCCCUCGUCCAGGAGAGACAAAAAACCUGCAGACGGUCCUGCUGGACAGGAAAGUGCGGCUGAUUGACUCCCCCGGUGUGGCGAUGAGCAGCGGUAGGGGAGCAGUGGACGGAAUUGAGGACGUGCUGAGGGGUACAGUCAAAAUUGAGCUGGUCGAGGAUCCUGCUAAACCCGUGGCGGAGAUUCUCAAGCGGGCAGACCCGGUCAAGGUUACGAAGCUGUACAAGCUGCCACCGCUCUACGGAGAGGAAGAGGAGGAAGAGGAGCCUCAACCCGUUGCAGCCCCUCCCGUUGCUGCUGGACCGAGUGCUAUUCCACAGGACAAUUCCCCUGCCAAAGCUGGCACUCACGAGCCAGUGGACUUUGCAUCGAUGAGGCGCAGCGGCAUGGACGAAGACGAGCAAGAAGACGACAGCGAUGGCGAGGAGGAUGAUGACGACUUCCACCGUCCCACCUUUGACGAGGAGGACGAGGAAACCAUCGAAGCUCACGGUGGCGCCAACGGCUCUACUGCGCCAACUGCCGCUAAAGCCUCCAAGCGACCCCCACCCAUCGGAUACGACGCCGAGGACGUGACUGACUUUCUGCUGCGUCUUGCCUUUACAAAGGGCAAGAUGAUGCGUGGUGGGAAGCCCGACAUCGACGGAGCGGCCCGGAUGGUCAUCAAUGAUUGGAACCUCGGGAGGAUCGCUUGGUACAAGUCCCCGCCAGCCAGCGUGAACAUCAGUAGCAGCACCGUACCCAAGGCCGCUACUGCGCACGAAGGAGGCGAGGGAGACGAGCAGAUGGAAUCUGCUUCCGCUGCACCUGUAGAGCACAAUGAGGUCAUGACCUCCUUCUCCGAAGCCUUUGAUCUGGAGGGUCUCUUUGCCCAGGCAGAUGCACAGCUCUUUGGUGGUGGCAAGGUUCCCGCUGCGCCUGCCGCGCCUGUCGCUGCGAAAACUGCCUCACCAGCUACUGGCCCACGCCGGUCAGCGGCUCAUGACAAGGUCCUCUCUGCAGCAGACGUCACUUCUUCCUCCCUCGGAAAGCGCGCGAGGGGAGACGAAGCAGAAGACGAUAGUGACGAUGAUGAUGCAGCAAGCGAUGCCGGAGACCUCUCCAGCGCAGACGAAGAUGAUUCGGAUGGCGAAGCAGGAGGACGCAAUAGGCGUCUGAGCGGCUUCGCCUCUACCUUCGACAAGGCCAGUACAGCGGGCGACGCUGAUGGCGAUGUCGACGAGGCCAUGUCCACUUCUUUCCGCCCUGUCAAUGGACAGGGGCAUAGUAAGAGCAAGAGCAAAAACGAUCGCGACGACGACGCUCUCUCCAGCUUGGCGGCCUCUUCCGGCAAGAGCAAGACCAAGAGCAAAUCGAAGAUUCCUGCUCAUCUCCUCCAGCAGCAGCAGCAGCAGCAAGCCGCCGCCUCCAUGUCUGAUUCCUCCUCUCCCACCCAACCAGGCAAGCGCGGGCAUCGCUCCGCCGUCAAGAAGGCCCGUCCGCACAAGAGCGAUCCUCCUGCCUACCUGGAGCGACUGGAGCACAAGGCCUCCCUCCCCACAAAUGCAAAGAAGUUACGCAGAGAGGGAUUAUUGGAAGAUAUGGAGUCUGCUGGUGGGAAAAAAGGUGGGGAGAGGAAGAGGUUGAAGAAGAUGCAGAAGAGGGAGAGUGGAAAGGGUGCUGGUGGGGUAGGGGGAGUUUGGAAGGAGAUGGAGGAGGUGACACUCGAUUGAAGAGAGGAGAAGAGGGAGCUGAGCUUUGGCACAUGGGAAAGGCAAGCCCUCGUUACUCUCAUUCCGCCAUAUCGAUUUCACAAACAUCAUAAGCUCCCACACGGCUACAGCUCUGAUCAAUUCCUGGAUCCAGACUGCUUGCUCGAAUGGCAAAGGCGAGAUCGACAGGAAUAUGAAAUGAAUCCCGCUGGUCCAGAUCCCCAAUUUCGCCGUCUCCACAUCACAUCAUGCGUCGCCCUUGAGAAUCCCCUUUGCCUCGAGCUGAACGACCAACACAAGAGGAUUCUUCGAUCAGCAUACCUACGAUCAUCUCUCCCUCCCUCUGUUUCUCACGGCCCUCACCUCCUGUACUCACCUGCUCCUUUGUAGGUCGACUAGCAAUCUCCUUGUCAAG